AUGAGUCUCAGUCUGGCCCUGCUGGAGCUCACCUGUCGAACUGUCAGUAAAGAUUUUUUGGAUGGAUUUAGCUCAAUUCCUUCCAAGUACUCUGUUGUUAAUCCACAAGUGAUUCGCGGAUGGUCAGGGAGCAUCGAUGGAAAUCAGUUUAAAGAUGAAAAUGAAGAUGAGACAAUUUCAUAUUCACUCAACAUAAAAGACAAAAAACACUAUCUUCAUCUGAAAAAGAACAGAGACUUUUUACACCCUAACUUUGUUCAGUAUUCAGGCGGCAAAUCAACAUUUCCCAAACAACAUGUGCACUGUUAUUACCACGGGGAGGUUGAAGGAUACCCUGACUCACUGGUGGCUCUCAGCACCUGCUCCGGCCUCAGUGGUGUGAUCUUUCUUGAAAAUGAGACCUACGGACUUGAACCGAUGCCCAAGUCUACGUCCAAUGAGCAUGUUCUGUACCUGCUGGAGGACGUCCACUCAGAGCCGGUCACCUGUGGCGUCGUCAGUGAAGUCAACGCAAAUGCAACACAAACCCAUACACCCUUUGAACUGGGCCAGUCGCUGAUGUCACUGCUGCAGAAAAAGCGCAAUUUGCCAGAAACCAGUUACGUAGAGUUGGCACUGGUUGUGGAUAACCUCAGGUAUGUGUUCAGGAAACAAAAUGAGACAGCAGUAAGAGAGGAGAUGGUUCAAAUGGCCAAUCUACUGGAUGGGUAUUAUAAGCGGCUGAAUAUCCGUGUGGUGCUGGUGGGUCUGGAGGUUUUUAAGGAGAGUAAUCCUUUUAGCGUGGACGGCUCGGCAAGAGCGGUAUUAGGACGCUUUGUCAAGUGGAGGAAAGAGACACUGAUACCAAAACUCAGACAUGACAUCGGGCAGCUCAUUGUCGGCCGGCCUAAUGUAUAUGCAGGUGGUGUCGUGGGCAUCGCCUUUGUGGGUACCGUCUGCUCCGAGGCGACCUCCGGAGGAAUCAACGUGUUCGGCAAUGGCAAUCUGAAUUAUGCCUCCACCGUGGUGGCCCAUGAGAUGGGCCAUAACCUUGGCAUGCAACAUGAUGACGGUCGCUGCAGCUGCAGUGGAAGCUGCAUAAUGGCUGCCAUUGUCAGUGGGUCCACCACAUUCAGUACAUGCAGUGGAGAUGACUUUGAGAAGCUGAUCCGUGGAGGAGGUGGUGUGUGUCUGAAAAACAUGCCCUCCCAAUCUGAUAUUGUUGGUAUUGCAAAGUGUGGCAAUGGCCUGUUGGAGGAAGGAGAGCAGUGUGACUGUGGCACACCCCAGGAAUGCACAAACAAAUGCUGUGAUGCCGCUACCUGCAGGUUUACAGCCGGUUCACCCUGUACAAAUGGGAGCUGCUGCAGCGACUGUCAGAUCAAAGUUGCUGGAACAUUAUGUCGAAGCGCUAUCAACACAUGUGACCUCCCAGAAUUCUGUAAUGGCCAGAGUGCUUUCUGUCCUGAGGAUUUCUACAUUAUGGAUGGUCUGACCUGUGAAAAUAACACCGCCUACUGCUAUGAAGGCCAAUGUCAGACGUAUGAUUUCCAAUGCAGACAUCUCUUCGCACCAGAUCCAGCGACAAAGGCAGCCGAUGCUUGCUUCCAACAUGCCAAUACAAAGGGGAACUUAUUUGGAAACUGUGGAAAUACCAGCAAUGGACUGUACAUCAAAUGCGCUGCAGCGGAUGCCAUGUGUGGAAAGGUGCAGUGCACUAAUGUGGACGUCAACAACCCCCCUUCCGGCGCCCAUGUCAGUAUCCAAAUAAUUAAUGGGUCUUCUUGCGUUAAUGCAGACUUCAACCUUGGCGUGUUAGAUCCUGCGUAUGUAAACCCUGGCAGCCCUUGUGCUGAAGGAAAGGCCUGUAUUGACUUUAAAUGUGUGGAUGCCGCCGCCCUGCUGCCUAAUCUGAAUUGUGACGCUAACACCACCUGUCAUCGCCACGGGGUUUGUAACAAUAAUGGGAACUGUCACUGUGAUGACGGGUGGGCGCCACCCAGCUGUGACAGGCCGGGACGAGGAGGGAGUGUAGACAGUGGACCUGCUAUGAUAGGUGAGGUGAAUGAAUGA